AUGGGUGUGAAAGGGUUUAGCACAUAUUUAAAUCACAAUUCUAAUUCAUCAUCACUUAAUGAAAUUAUUUUUAAAAAUGAUAAAUUAAUAAUUGAUGGAACGAAUCUAAUUUAUUUUCUAUAUUUGUCAGAUUCUAUAAAUUCCUUUUUUAAUGGUGAAUAUAGCAAUUAUAAAUUAGUGGUUAUAAGAUUUUUUGCUAUAUUACAUUACAAUAAAAUAAUACCUUAUGUUAUACUAGAUGGUUGUUCUGAUCCCUAUAAUUAUAAAACAGAAACUAUACUUGAAAGGCAAAAAGACAGACUGAAAAAAUCUUUAACUCUAGAUGGCAACACAUCAUAUAUAUUACCAAUUCUUUGUGAGAUUUUAUUUGUUGAAAUUUUGAAAGAGUUUAAUAUACCUCAUUAUCAAUGUCUUUUUGAAGCUGAUCAGGAAAUUGCUAAACUUGCUAAUUUUUGGGAUUGUGCAGUUUUAAGUGGGGAUAGUGAUUUUUAUAUUUAUCCACUGACUCAUGGUUUUAUUCCACUUUCAAGUAUAAGCUUUAUUAGCAAUUUGUAUCAAGAUAUCCUUAAUGAAAAUCUUGUUUUCUAUCCCUUUAAAGCUAAUAUAUUUAAUCAAAAACUGUUUUUAACUGAAUACCCGGGAUUAAAAUUAGAGUUAUUACCAUUAUUUGCUGUUUUAAAUGGAAAUGACUAUUCUUACAAUGGCAAUUAUACCUCAUUUUUGGCUAAUAUUAAUUUUAAUUACAAACCAAAUAGCAAAAAGAAUAAAUCACCUAUUAAAGGUUUACUGCUAUGGUUAUCAAAGUUUGAAAACAUUGAUUCAGCUUUAGAAAACGUUUUAUCCCAUGUCAAACUGAAUAUGAGGAUUAAAAUUAAAAAUCAAAUUCUUACAUUAAUUGAAAUAUACCAUCUGUCAGAUGAUAGUUUACUGCCUUGUUAUUUCUCUCAUAAAGGUAUAACUAUUGUUAAAUGUAAAUAUCCAGAUGUAUUCAAAUAUAAUUCUUUACAAAAAUUUUAUCACAUGAAUGAAAAUAUCCAAUAUAAAUGUACUAAUUGUCAUAUCUUAAAUCCAGAGUUGAUCAAAUUAGUUAAGGAAAAGCUGUUUGAUCAAAAUGGUAUAAAUUUUAGUUCUGAUUCUCAAAUUAUUUUGUUAUACCUUCAAAAUGAAUUUCAUGAAGCAAAUUAUAAUUCCCAAUUAUUACACCUAUUAAUUACAAAGAGGAUGUAUCUAUCAACUCAAGUUGAAAAUUAUCGUGAUGAAUCAUCGUAUAAUAUAAGUCAGGAAAUCCGUAAUCUUAUUUAUAUGACCUUUUUUAGAAAAAUUAUUGAGCCUUCCAAUAAUGUCGAUAACAAUUUGAGUUUAUCAAUAUACGAGUAUAAAAGAAAUUUGAGGAAUAUGUUUUUUAAUCAUAUAGAAGUAUAUCCUUAUGGGAAUUCCCAAAAUAUUUCUUCUAUGCCAAUAAAUAACCAAACAACAUUACCAGAAGAGCUGUUCAUCACUAUAAUUUUCAAAUCUUUUAGAAUAGACCAUGAUGCAUUUAAAAAUGCAUUCAAUAAUGUUUCCAAAGAUUUUAAAUUAUUUGUGAUGAGCUUAAAAUAUUUUUAUGCCACAACUUCUUUUCAAACAAUUGACCCUACCAAUACAACAACUGCCCUCAUUAACUUAGAAUAUGAUUCAUUCCUAGGCUACUCGCAUAUUUUUAUAAUCAUAGCCUUGAUCUUAGUGUCAUUAUCCUCUCUUGUUAAAAGUGAUCAGUUUUUAAUUGAUGACUCUAAGGAAAAAAUUGAAAAGUUUCUUAAGCAACAAGAUAAAUUUAUGGCCAAGUAUCAAAAAAUUCCGAAAUUCACUAUAAAUUCUCAAAGCCUAAAUAUUCGCAAAAGCAUGGAUAUGGAGUUGAUUCAUGGUAUGGCCCAAUGGCAAACAUGCCUUCAAGCAUUAUGUUUACUCAAUCAAAUAUCGAUUUUUACAUUUGAUUCUCACUCAACUUUGAUACGAUUUUUAGCAUCUAUAAAUUCUUCCCAGAUUUAUAAUUUAGCGAAAAAAUUCAGAAAUUUGUCCUCUACGAAUAAAUCAAUGAAUGAUAAACAAAAUAUUCCUAAUCCUGUCUUAGAAUUUAUAAGAAAAGAAUUAUUCAAGGCUGGCAAUGAUGAUAUAUAUAAUUUUUUUAUGGAUCUUUUACGAUGCAUAGUCAUUUAA